AUGACUGAGAGGCUGCUGCCUCGCCGGACACUGGCCGGACCGGGAACAGUCAUCUUCUUUGAGCACCCAGCUUCCUCCUCCUCAGAGUUCGGCUGUUCACGCACUACAAACCAAGGCACUGCGAAGAACUUCAGCAGUAGUGAUGAAGAGGAGGAGGUGGAGGUGCAAGUCAGUUUCGAGAUCCACAGCCCUCCAGCUGAAGCACGAGGAGAGCAGGUCUUCCAGGAGGGAGAGGAAGCUGAAGACGAGAGGUCAGAGAAAAAUGAGGACCAGGACCAUGCUCAGGCAGAAGCAACAACAGAGCCUCAAAGCUAUUCUAAACCAUCCGAAACAGGCACCAGGAGCGAUGCCGGAAGUGUAGUGGAUGACAGCGACCCAUCCUCAGAGUUCAAACACUCGGACAGUGUGGAGUGCUACCUGGACAGAUGUGAGCAGAAGGAGUUAGACGCUGGUGACCUAGCCAAAGAACUGUGCAGUUCAGACAGCUCGGAAAGCAUGUCUUCAGAAAGUGGGCUACUCUCUGCUGAUGAGAAAUCGAAGGUGAAGCGGAGAGCGUAUGUAAAGUUACGGGAAAGAACCCCAAACUUUAUAGAGGAGAGCGAGCAGAGCGGAGGGGAAAGUGCCGGCUAUGGAGACACGGCGUGCGGAGGCGAUUGUAAAGUUUUGCUUAUCGUCAGGUCACUUCUUGUAAUCAGUGAUGAGCUUCCUCUGAGCCCGAGACAUGAGCAAGCCAAGCUUCUUCUGGAGCGAGCACGACUCAAGGCUCGCUCCAAUCACAUUAAAAGCGAUCUCCCCUGCAGACGCUCUCAUUCUGAUCAGAGAUCCACCGUAAGGAAGCAGCAAAUAGAGUCUCCAAUCCAAACGCAUGUGCAGAAAGCUGUUCAAACCCAAGAAGACCAUGCAGCUCAAACUGUAUCUGGCCCCCUUCUUAUCCCCAACCAAGACACUUCCUCGGGUGACCAAGGUAGUCGAUCUAGACGGUAUGGUUGUUCCCCCACACGGGUGCGCUUUGAGGACGAAUCGGAGAAAGAAGCAGAAUCUCGAUACUUGGAUAGAGUGAGACAGCGUAGCAGGACCGGGAUGCCCAAGUCCAAGAGUAAAGAAAGUAAUACGGAUUCUAGCAGUAGCGGUUCAGAAAGGAGCAGAAACAAUCGAAGUGUCUCUCUGCCUCCUUCACAGAAGAAAGAAGUUGUGGGUGUCAGUGGUGAACCCACAACAGUGAUUAAAGAGAUAAUAGUGCUGGUGAAGAAAUGUGAGGCAUGUGGUUCCGUGGUCAAGGAGCCUCAGCCAGUCGCAUCACCAUCAGAGCCAAAGAACCCUGAGCCACAGCAGCCUGAGGACCCACGGGAAAAAGCGUCUCCUCGCUGGGUGCCUCAUAACAAGCCAGAGGCAAGUACUCGUCCUAAAGCUCCUCUGACUGUCACGUUUGCAGGAGCUUAUGUUCUGGGGGAAAACAAAGAGAGCAACACAGGGUGGAAACCAUCAGGCUUUGGGAAACUUAGGAGAAGGAGCAGGAAAGGAGAAAGUCGUCUGGAGUCUGGCCAUGGCCCCUACGGUCCGUCUUGGGCUCAACGGCGUAACUCAAAUCCCAGGAACAGGGUCAAUUUGAGCAGAGCGGUUUCCUUUGCCCCAGAUAGCCCCGUUGUUCUGGAACCCCAUCUGCUGGAGGCCUCUGAUGGACUGAGAGAAUCACCUCCUCCAUCGCUGCCUAUAAAGUCAGCCCUGAAGUCAAGUUCAAGGAAUCGCUCUGCUGCAGGUCAGUCCACGGUUCAGUUCCAGAUAACCUCAAAUCAGGGAGGCGAGGGAGGAUCCCAGCAUUCUGCUCUCCUGGACUCUUCAGAUGGAAGAAGGGAGUGUGCAGUGGCUUUAACCCAAGGGAUCCCUGCAACAAGCAACCCAGUGCCCUGUAUCAGGCCCUCCACCCUGAGGUACUCCCCAGCCCGGCUCACCACUGACCUACCAGCUGCUGAACUCUGGGAUGCCACUCCAGAUGGAGCAGGUGAGUGGUCACUGGGGAUGAGUCUCGGUGAACCUGGUUCUGGUCCUGAGUGCCGUCCUGCUCUACGCGGCCUGGUUAUGUCUCGGGCUGAGGACCUCAGAGCCGAGCUGUUGAGAGCAGAACAUCUGAGAGCUGAGGCCAUAUGGGAGGAAAACUCUGACGGGUCCAGAAAGGAUGGACGGCCGAAGCUCUUCCUGCGUCGCUUCUUUUCCUCCAUUGGUCUGAACAGUGUUGGUAGGCUAGUGAAAGGAGGCCGCUCCAGCAGCAUGGAGCAGCUCAGUUUACCCACUGCCCCCCGGGUCGGCUCUGCUUCCCCAAGCCCCACGCGCAGACCACAGCCCACCAUCCGCAUGCAGAGGACGCCCUCACUGCAAACCCUCCACACGGUGCUGCCACUGGCCCAACUGCGCAAAGCCUCCUCGGUGCAGAGUUUAGAGAGAAGAACAGAACGUUCAACAAUACUGGGAGAAGUGCAGAUACCGUACGGCCUGGCACCGAGCCCUGAUAGCCCUCAGCUCGAGCUUCACAGGGCCCUGAGUGUUGAAGAUUUACUUACCUCAAGGAUUGCACGUCCAGUGGGCCGGGUCACCCAGGCUUUCCCUGAUGGGACCCUCCUCCUGGAACUCGUCAGACCCCCAAAUGGUCCCUUUGGUUUCGUCAUCUCAAGGGGCAAAGGUCGACCAGACACAGGUGUGUAUGUAGAGAAAGUGGGGGACGGUGGUGGGGAAGGGCCUUACAUAGGUCUGCUCGGCAUCGGCGAUGAAAUUCUGCAGGUGAAUGGAGAGGCAGUGGCUGGACUCAGUCUGGACCAUGUGACGCGGCUCAUGACCCGGGAAAGCACCGCUUCUCUUCGGAUCAUUCCAGCCCGACGCAACCAGCGCUGACUGGGAAGAUAGGCCUGGCACAGGGCCAUUUCUCCUGCAGCCGUGGAUUAUAACUCACCAGUGCAAACACAACGGAUUGUACUGUAGCAUAUGGUAGAUAACCAGCGUGUAUUUCAGCACAGAUUUACGUCACAAGGGCUACAUGAGAUUACGGGGUAAGACGUUAAUUUCCUGUUGUUCAACAAUAUGACACUGCAAGGGAUUUGGAUUACAAGGACAAAUCAAUAAAAUAACCAAAUGUCAAAUCCAUCACGAAAUACAUCCCAUUGAAAGGCCUCAUUAGCUAGAAACUAUAGUGUAUAUUGUGAUACUUAUAAAAUGUUAAAUACUAAAUCAACUCCAGCACAACUUGUUUCUGCACAUAUGUUUUUUUGUCAGAUUUAGUUGAAUAGGGAUCCUUUCAUAUCUGAAUUUUAACCAAAUCUCUAAACUAUAUUUACAAGAAAAAGACUGCAUUAAUGUUUUAUUUAAGUAUUUGAGACCAUUAAAAAACUGCAUCAUCUCCACUUUU